ACGAAAAUACACAGGCGGAGUAGUGUAAAAAAAAGCUCGUUAAGUUGUCCGAUUUUGCUACGGCGGAGAAUAAAGAUCAUGAAUUAACUACGUGAAAGGAUACAUAAACUCUCAAUCUUGCUAUUGAUCCAAACGGUAGAAUUGUUUAUUGUCUGGCACUAUGUCUUUUUUUCGAUUUUUGAGUCGUCGAAAGUCUGGCCGUGGGGACAAGCGUUAUCGACAACAACAAGGUGUGGAGGGUCAGGAUACCAAACCAUCGAAGCCCCCUAAGGGAUGUAUCCCUUGCAGCGUCCAACUCUUGGAUGGGACAGAUCUCCAUGUGCACAUCAGUAAAAAAGCUCCGAGCCAGGACUUAUAUGAACACGUCUUUUACCAUCUGGACAUUGUAGAAAAGGAUUACUUCGGUCUCCAGUUUACAGACAAUGCUAAUGUUAAUCACUGGUUAGACCCUACAAAACCCAUUAAGAAACAGAACAAAAUCGGUCCGCCGUAUACGUUUCGAUUUCGAGUCAAAUUUUAUUCAUCCGAGCCAAACAGUUUACAUGAAGAAUUAACACGGUAUCAAUUUUUCCUGCAGCUUAAAAUAGACAUCCUACAAGGACGGCUGCCAAGUCCUUUUGAAACAGCUGUCGAGCUCUCCGCUCUAGCAUUACAAUCUGAACUAGGAGAUUAUGAUGAAACCAUGCACACGCCCGCACUGGUAUCCGAAUUCCGUUUCCUCCCCCAGCAAACAGACACCAUGGAACUCGCUGCGAUCGAACAUUUCAAGAAAUGUAAAAAUCAGACUCCGGCACAGGCUGAAAUGAACUAUCUCAAUAAGGCGAAGUGGUUGGAGAUGUAUGGUGUUGAUAUGCACAUCGUCAUGGGCCGCGACGGUCAGGAGUAUCACUUAGGAUUGACGCCAACUGGUAUUCUCGUAUUUGAGGGCGCGCAAAAAAUUGGAUUAUUUUUCUGGCCGAAGAUUACGAAACUCGAUUUCCAGAGUCGGAAGUUGACCCUGCAGGUUGUCGAAGACGACGAACAGGGUAAAGAGCAGGAGCACAGUUUCGUCUUUCGACUCAUGAACAAGAAGGCUUGCAAACACCUGUGGAAGUGUGCUGUCGAACAUCACGCAUUCUUCCGGUUGAAAGGCCCUGUGCGGACUCGAGGGAAUCGACAAGACUUCUUACGGAUGGGAUCCAGGUUUAGGUUCAGUGGUAAAACAGAAUUCCAGAAUACGACGUUAAACUCAGCGCGGCGCACGGUACGUUUUGAACGCAAGGCGAGUAAACGUUACUCGCGCCGGCCGACGUUUGAACGCCUUGAGCGGGAACGGGCGGCCAUGAUGAAGGCUGAGGAAGAGGCUAAGAAGAGACGAGAGGCACAGCAGGCCGCAGCCCAAGAAGCGGCUAAGCCAACAACAACAACAGCAGAAGUGGCGCCCGCCUCGCCAACAGUCAAAACUCCGCCUGCUAAAACGACGACCGACAAUGUCCCGAAUGGCGAGGCGACUCCUAGUGGCACAGGGACGACACCGACGGCCGCCCUCUUACGAUUAGAUAAUCUGAUCAAAGGAGGUGGUUCUGUUUCGGAGAAGACGCCAGCUCGGAGUGUUUCCGUUACAUCGGACAAGUCGGCGAAGUCUGGCACGGCGUCGCCACCACCGACGCCGAAUAAUGUGAAUUUGGCGGCGCCGAAUGAUGUCAGUUUGAAAGAAUCUUCUGAGCACGCCCAGGCACGUCUCAAAGGCCUAGACGAGUCAAAGCCGUCACCAGCCAAGGCCAACAUCACGAACGACGUGAAUAGCUUCAAGAAUAACCAGGUCAAGUUUGUUAGCGGCGCGGCCAUGAUCCCGCCAGACCUGAUGAAGUGUAAUAUCCUGAAGGCGGCGAAAAUGGAAGAGGAAAGUAAAAAAGCGGAGAAAAAUAAAAAGACUGUGUCGACGUCGUCAGCUAGCGCGUUAAUUGCAGAGAAGUCCGAAGAAGAAUCGGAAUCAAAUAGAUCAAGUUCCGAGUCCGAGGAUAGCGAAGACGGCGACGUAUUCGAACCCGACGAUAAGAAAUCCACAGCUUCAUCUCCAACCCCGGCUUCAGGUGGCGAAAAUGAGAACAAAAGAACGGAUUCUUCUUAUGACGAGACGUCGAAUUUGCUAGCAUCACCGUCACCAGAAACGAACGGGCCCACGCGAUUCUCCUUCGGUCGUUACUCCCACCGGACUGAAACGCCAGCCACGAAGAAACCUAGUAACACGGACAAAACAUCGCCGACCGGAUUGAAUGCGACAUUUUCCGGAAUACCCCAGAUGAAGAUUCAACGUCAUGCAAGUUUGGAUCAACCGAAGGUCAUUUCAUACAAGCCUAAGCCAAGUCAGAUAAAAUCCACCAAACCUCGGGCAGACCGCACCGCCUCUGACUCCAGUGAGAACGCACUCCUCCUUCCAUCGACCCCAACAUCCCCACCGACCGCUACAAGCUCCCCUCUCCCAAAGGGCAACUCAUCGCGCAAAUCGCCAUCAGCAUCACCACACGUCGGUCCAUCACCCAAAUUCAGCUUCCCGCGACAGGUUCCUUCCUCCCCUAAAUCAGCUGUCCCAAGGCCCGGUACGAAAAUCCCACCGCUAGUUGCGUCCCGUUCGCGGCAUGGAUCUGCGUCAUCGCAACACAGCCACCAAUCGGAGACCUCAGAUCUCGACCUGCAGUCGACGAGUAUGAAUAACAGUUUCGAGCAAGAAGCACGUUCCGGGCAGCAGCGUACGAUGUCAUCCAGUUCCUCGGGCUUGGGUGGUAUCUCUAACGACUUGGACUCCUUGACGGAAGCCCUGAUAUCAUUCGGUGCGGGUACCGACACAAAUCAGAAUAUGAAAUCGACAAACCCAUUCCAUGAGGGACUCGGGGAGCAAACGACUCGGCAAAAACGUGCGGAGGAAUCGUCGGAUGAGGCUUACGAAUCUUCCAAGAAUCCAUUCCUGAACAACGACAACUCACACACGUCGUUAGCCAAUACUAAAAUUGCCAAAUUUCCUGGCCAAAAUGAGAAGCAGAUGUCAAAGAUACCGUCUGGACCGGGUUCAAAGAUUCCCUCCGUCAGGACCCGUUCCUCGUCCCCUUCUGCUUCUCCGACUAGGAGAGGAACGAAGAUUCCGGCCGCUGGGCAGAAGACGGGGCUCCGCACACCUCCGAGUGCCGCAUCACCUCACACCUCCUCCCAGGUACCGCAACCUCACCCCCUGACAUACAGUCCACAAACGCGCCAAAAAUCCAAACUCCCUGCAGUCACAGGGGUCAAAGGUCCUAGUGCUAUUCCUCAGCUGGGUCAGAGGUCGAAGAGCUUUUGUCAGACGGCUAGCGGCUGCCUGAAGGUCGAGCCAGUGGUUAUCGAGACGUCGUUCGCCGGGAAUAAGGCUGUGACACGGAAGGUACAGUCAACCAGCAAUAUGAAAACACAGAGCUUACCUGGUGGGAAAAGUGCCAAAAAACCGAUAAAUGCUCGCGCUUAUUCUGAGAAAGGCUCAGAUCUCUCGCCAUGGCACGUCACAAAUACCUCGGACAAGAAAAUUGAGCGUAAAAUUACACUGACAACUGAGUUAUGAGUCUAUUUCAACAGAGAUACGAAUCAAUCUUUGUUUGUAGGACGUGUGUGAGUCUGAUUAUAAACGUGAGGGAAUAAAUGGAUGCCGUUUCCCCAUCUUUGAGGCCGUUGCUGAGGAGAUUCUUGGUUGCUAUGUGUUGCUAUGGAAACCGUGUUUGUUGCUACGUGUCGCCAUGCAAACCAUGUUAUCAUCAUGGAUAUUGUUGCUAGGCAUCUGGAGAACUAUAUUGGGAACAAAAAUAUUGCUAUUAGACCGUUGUUAUAUUGUUUGGGCCUUUCCAGUUAUCUUGGAUCCAAGUCAACAAGAUCCAUCGUAGCACUGUCAUCUGUGUACGACACUGUUCAUACAUGUGAUGCACAUGGAUUUCUGUUACGACUCAAAAUGAAACUGACAUUGUUUCAGCUGCUGUCGCCAUGGUUACAUUCCCUACUUGCCAAUAAUUUUGCCAUGUAAAUAAUAAAACACCAGCGUAUUGUGAGAUUUACAGACAACUUGCUCUGCCCCCUGGUGACUCAGUUUGAAAUCAAUAUUUAAAGGAGGAGAGGGAUUUUUGUUUUUGUAAAAGGACACUACGCAUAAACAGGAAAUGCACUCAAAAUGUUAAAAGAUGAGCCUGUUUCUUUUUGUGAUCCAUGAUCCCUUUAAUUGAUAGAGUGCUAGCCCGUCAUUAUCAUCCAACUCCUCCUUUAAACCCUCCAUGAUCGAUGAUUACGUAAUAAACCGGGGUCAAGGUCACUAUAAACCAGAUUUUCUCCACUCCUAGUCUACCAGAAUAGAACUACUUUGGUUUCGUCACCAUGGUAUGCCAAUCUCGAAAAUGGGGAAUUUGCAGCCAAAAGUUUCUCGACAUAAUAUGGUCCAUUAAUAUAUUAAAGAGUAUUAAAACUGUAGCUGUGAUUACAAAGCUUGCGCCCCGACUUAAAACAGUCUUUGGUAAAAUAUUGUUUGUUUAUCGGGGGGGGGGGGGGGGGUUACUGACCCCCAUCUGUGGGUUACUGACCCCCCCACUGGAAUCAAGGGUAUAGAAACUCAAGAUAUAGGUAUAUACGAGUCCUGUCAAGUAUAUGUAUUCGGUCCGAUAUUUAAAUCCUGCCUAUUAUUAUUCUGUCUUGAUCCGCCCAAAAAUGUCCAUUUUAAUCUCUACAGGGUGUUCCAGAAUAAAGGAUUUGUUGUAUCGGUUCCAUUGUGAAAGUGUUUGGCAUGGAAGACCUCGGAGUGUCGUGUUUGUCAAAAUUUAUGCGCCAUUAGACCCCCGACAUGAACUUGUAUAACUUAUUAAUUACAUUUUUACCUAGAAUCAGUUCUAAAGCACCUUGUGGGUCAUAGGACAUGAAAAAUAACCUCAAAAAGUUGUUUUUUUUGUCAAAAACUAUACAAUCUCUAAAUACAAACAUGGACCACAUCUUUACCCACACCCACAAGUUGUUCUGAUUUAUCUCAGGUAUCAAAAGACAUAUUGAGUUGAUCAUUCAAUGGAAAACUCCCGAUGAGCUGGUUCUUCUUGCAUAUUCUUGGUCAUGUAGUUUCGUAAAUUUCGUCAAGUUGGAAAAUUCAUCGCGUAAAAUUUACCCACAGUUCCUGAAGCAGAAACAACAGAUAGCCAUUACAAGUGGGUGAGCUGUAAUCGGUUUUGUUUACAUUCAUAUCCCUACUACCGUAUCUCGAUUACAUUUAUUCCUUUAUUUUGGAACACCCCAUGUAGUUGAUUCAUCCAUCCAGCGAUCAGAUUUUGAUUCUUGUGAUAACGAGAAUGUUUCUUGUCACUUUUUAGUGAAAUUCAGCAUAUCAUUUUUAAAUAAUUUGUCAUCGUUGUUGCUUAUUAGCCAAGUCGAACAUAUCAAUUUUAUUGCCCAGUUAUUGUAAAAGCCUACAGAAUGGUCUUUUAUCACCAUAUUCUCGUUGUGUUGUGAGAAUAACUUUGUGGCUUCCAAGACCAGUAAUUUCUUCAGUAAUUGUAGUAGAGGUUGGCUGCUUUGAUCUUUUACUGGACUGAUGGCCCCUGUUGCCUAGUUUAGGUGAUGUCACAGAAAUUGUCCAAAAUUAUAAACCUGGCACUUAAAAUUGCCAUUUAGGCCUGUCUAUAACAUAAAAUACACAUGUUUAACAGUGUAGGUGAGUGCCGAAAUGGAGGGGGGGGGCAAUAAUUACUAAAUUUUCGUUUUUGACCAUCAGUAAUUUUCUGGGGGUUGAUUGGUUAAACCUGCCCCUGAACACUUUAAAUGACAUCACGAAGCAAGCUAGUCACAUAAUUAUGCCAAAAAAAGAUGGAUUUUUUUGGCCAGACUAAGAUUUGGGGCAAACGCAAUGGAAUCACAGUCAAAUAAGCCCAAAUUAAGAAAUGCACGGUCCAUCUGAGAUGAUAUGAUUGGGUGGCCUGCAUUUAUUGAUAUCUCCAGACGCAAUCUUUUCUGAAAUUUUCAGUCCUUGAAGGGUUAAUUUUAGGCUGUCGUGAUGUGUGUGGUGUUUCUGUUGAGCAAUUCAUGACAGUUUGUUCUCUGAAGGAAUAAUAGAGGGGGGUUGAUCUGUAAUCUAAAAAAUGAAAAGUGACGUUCAUGGUAAUGUUCAACGCAGACAAACGAUUUUCAUCACGCGACAUGCGAUAUUUAUUGCAUGUGACAGACAUCGCUUGUCUGCAGGGGUCAUUGUUGGUGCCUGCGACAAAAAUCACACCUCCGCACCAUUGCGAUAAAUCUCAAACCCGCAGAUUGCUUUGAUGGGCGAUUUUUCAAGAGGAUAAAAAUUGCUUUUCUGCAUUGCGCUUAAAGAUAGGCCUAUUAGUGUCUUUUUUGUUAUAAAAUAAUAUUAUGGUCCUUUUAGAUAACAUAAGGUUUACUUGAAAGAAUGCAGUAAAUUUUUAACGAGGUUCGGUGUAGAAUGGUAUUGUGUAAAUAAACAGUUUAAUUAUGGAAGUGAAAUUAGUGGAGGGUUUGUAAAUAGUGUAAAUGAAUCAAAUCGCCAUAUCUUGUUGAGACCUCACUUUUGAGAAACGCUGUAGGUUCGAUGUGAUGUCCGAGUGUCUAUACUCAGCUUGGUUCCCUUGGCCAACAGUAGGUGUCACCACUCUACUCACUCUAAACUUGCUGAAAACCAGAUGAGUGCUGCGACCUGGUAUUGGGCAAUGGAACUAGACUGGUACCGCUGUAACCAGUGUAUAUCUGGUCAUUUUUUUGGGCCGGUUUAAUAGGGCUGCUGACAGUUUCAAAUAACGGUAAAUUUUGUCACCAAAUUGGAAAUUUGUAACUAGUCGUUUUAAACAAAUAAAUUUUUUGGCUGAGAUUGCAAAUUUUCCUUGAGCUUGUCACAAUAUGUGCAGUGGUUUCAAAAAUGUUGUUUUUUGAUAGAAAUUAUGUCUAGUUAUUGUCAUUAAUUGGUGUUCUGAGCGCAUUUGCAAUGUUAUUGCCUGAGGUUGGUUCAGUUUUUGCCAUUGGACUUGUGACUCGGAGAACUGUAAAAUAACGCCCUUAUAUGGGUAAGUUCUACUGGACUCCCAGUGGAAGGUGGCCACCUCGUGAGGAAAGAUAAUACCCCCUUAGCGGACACCUCUCUAUUAAGGACACUAGUUUUGGUCCCAAAGUGGCAGUUUCCAUUCAAUUUGACCUCUCUAAUCAGGACACCUCUAUUGAAGACAGCACUUGGCAGUUUCAAGGGUGUCCUUAUUAGAGAGGUUCUACUGUACACCAGUACCCGACACUGAAUGACAAUAAAAGAUUGAAUCUGUAACUUUUGGAUUUUUCAAUUUGGUGAUGAUAUUUCUGUUGGCUAAAUGACCUGAAAGUGACAUGGCUGACAGUAUCAAUAUGUUGCAAAAUGUAUGAAUUCAUUUAUUCCCUGUAAUAUAUACAUGUGUUCAUUCUCAUUUCAUGUAAUUGAGUGAUUUGUUGUCGAAAGCAUAUGUCGUGCGUACAUAGCGCGGGAAAAUCCCGCGCGAAUCCCGCAGUGAAUUCACCUCUGUCCAGAUGAGCAUCUCUUGCGUUUUUAUGACUGAAUUCGCCAGGUUAUGACCCCGCCUCUCUUGAUUUUGAUGUUACGACUGACGUUAUGUCGAAAACAUCAAAAUCUGACACUAUAAGUUGUAAGUUGGCAAAUUCGUUUCCUCGCAACAGAGUAGCUUUGGUGUAGUGGCUCUGACUCUCGACUAGUGGUCAAGAGGUCCUGGGUUCAACCCCACUGUUUGCGUGAGACUGUAGGCAGGUCACUUUGUCUCAUCUGCUUCUGCACCCAGGUGUAUAAAUGGGUACCGGUCAGGAAGUCUCAGAUUGCAGCGCUGGUUAAUAGCAGCUCAUCUGAGGUCUACUGAAAGGUUUCAGGACAGACGAGGGUUAAAGUGUAAGGUCUGAUGAUAACCCAUAGCCUAAUUGAUAUCAGACUAGUGUAAACACAAACAUUUAACUUUUAACUUUUAACUUUUGAUUUUAGAGAUCCAUCAUUGGAGGCUCUCAUCUAGAAAGAGGCGAAUUGUGAAAAAAGUCGAAUUCAGACUUGUAACUGUGUACUUUAUUUUGUAAAUAUCACCUUAAGAUAUUAUAGCAGGAAAAGAUUUAUUUCGGCGUUACUUCAUUUUAAUGUUGUUAACGAAUUUCAGAAAUUUUAUCUGAAAAUUCAAAUGUGGAAGUUUGAUUUCAAUAUUCCUGGGAAGGGGAAAAGUGCCUUUGAUCAUUGAAGUUGAGGUUUUGUCCGGCAUUUUUAAAUGCGAUUUUAUGAUACGGUUUUUAAAAAGGGAAUCUUCUUUUCUGAGAAACCGGAGAGAAAAUAUUAACCUGCUCCUGCAGUUCGGUUUGGAGUCUUUGUGAUAUAACCGCAAGAUUUCCAAAACCAGCAUUCGUUUCCAAAUUUUCAAACCCAAAGAUCAUGUCCAGAAGACGUUAUAAUUUCAGAAAAUGUCAGAAAAAUCAGUUUGUAAAUCAGUGUCCCUUUUUGUGGUUAAUGAAACGAUCGUUCCUAACCUUAAAAAUCGGGAAGUGUGCCUUUUGCAAAUAUACACAAAGUUUGUCUUUCCUGAGAGUACAGUAGAACCUCUCCAUUAAAGACACCCUCGGGACUGACAAGUGCUGUCCGUAAUAGAGAGGUGUCCUGAUUAGAGAGGUCAAAUUGAAUGGAAACACCCAAUUUGGGACCAAAAUUAGUGUCCUUAACAGAGAGGUUGUCCUUAAUGGAGAGGUGUCCUGAUUAGAGAGGUCAAAUUGAAUGGGAAGUAUCAAUUUGGGACCAAAAUUAGUGUCCUUAAUAGAGAGGCUGUCCUUGAUAGAGAGGUGUCCGCUAAGGGAGGUUCCACUCUAUGUGUGUGAGCUGAAAUAUGUACAAUACAAGACUUAUGCCCAAAAAAAUUAUCAGAAUUAAGGAUUUCUUUCGGCAGGCUCAUCCCCUCACACCUCCCAGACCCCCCCCGUGUCCAUAAUUUCAUGUUUUCUGAAAUUUAAGAGACUUUUUCUGGACAUGAUUUUGAUGGGUUGUAUUUAUAAAUAUCUUGCAUAAUCUGUCCCAGUUGAUACCAUCCUUUUCUAUAACUUUCGUCAAUAUCGUCCAAAAUCAUGCCCGUGCCGACAUUUUAAACACUUUAAAGAGUUUUUAUACAACGGAUCGCGUCCAAACUAUAGAGUAUUUCACGAACAGUAGAACCUCUUAUAGCGGACACCUCUCUAUUAAGGACACUCUCUAUUGAGGACACUAGUUUUGGUCCCAAAUUGGGUGUUUCCAUUCAAAUUGACCUCUGUAAUCAGGACAUCUCUCUAUUAAGGACAGUUUUUGUCAGUCUUGAGGGUGUCCGUAAUAGAGGGGUUCUACUGUGAUGCAUUUACCUCAAAUUGUAAUACACGUCUGCCUGCUUGUUCGUCUGAAAAAUGGCAGGAAAAACUGCAGUGAAAUUCGUCAUGAAAUUAUGCACAAUAAUAUAAUCUUUCAGUCUGCUAUACAAAUGCAAUAAAUGAUGAACCCUAUACCUUCUAUCUCCCUAAGAUUUUAAUUUGCUUGAAAGUUCAAGCUUUUAAUUUCAGUCUUGUCAGAUUAGAAAGUGUUUUCGAUAUCGGAUUUUCCUGGCCAAACCUACCUUGUCCACCCUAUUUUGUCAAGUGGGGAUAGUCCGUUUACUACAAUGGGUGUUCCAUGCUGAAGGUGAAGGGGUUGAGGCUAGUUACAUCCGACCAGGGCAUUGAACUACCUUUUAUUCAGGAAUGAAAUCUGGAAUUCAGGAAAGAAAAACGAGCAAAUAUUUUGAAAAAAUAUAUGUUGUCAAAACAUUUUGACGUGACCAUUCUUUGGAAUUGAAGAACUCUUUCUAAUGGUACCAUUUUUAACGUGAUACGAUUCUUGGUACAAAAGUUCUUUGUUUAAAACCUUAAUCGGAGGCAGUUCAAAGAGCUGGUCCAGUCUUAUCAGGUGAAUGUCAUGUAUUAAACUACAUGUCGACUGUUCAUAGAUUGUGUAUACAUAUCAUUAAAACAAAACGAAUAUCAAA